AUGGUCCUCCCAUCAAGUGACGGGCCAAAGGAGGUGCCUAUACCAGACACAACUACUGAAACAAAAACUCAAGAUGAAGGCAUCCACGUCGUCAUCAUCGGCGCCGGCCUAGCAGGUCUAGCAGCAGCCCUCUCCACCAAGCUCGCCAACCCGAACCACCAAGUAACCAUCCUCGAAGCCGUCAAAGAGCUCCAAGAAGUCGGCUGCCCACCUCCCUCUCCGUCCACCGCUACGACGGGACGAAGCUCCUCGCCCACGAACCAAACCUCCAAGAGCGGAUGCUGGAACGGUAUGGGAUUCCCUUUUUGGGAUUUACAUCGGGUUGAUCUGCAGAGGGAGAUGGUGAAGAAGUGCUCAGAGCUCGGUAUCACCAUCAGGCUUAACUCCAGGGUCACGUCGGUUGAUUUCGAGACGAACACAGUCCAUCUCGGGCUAGUCCAGAACCCGGCCAGGAACACGCUCUCAGGGGAUGUGAUCCUCCUGACCGACGGCCUCUGGUCCCUACCGCAUCACCCUCCACGCCUCCCACCUGGACCGGUCCCGACGCCGACCUCCUCCGAAAACUCAUCACAAACCCCACAGUGCACUUCUGGAUCGGCCCCCCACAGCCACUGCGUGGGGUACUCGGUCUCCUCCUCCCAGACCUACAACCUCGUCUUCCUCUGCCCAGACGACAUGCCCUCCCACGUCGCCAGAUCCGACGCCUCCCUCCGGGAAUUCAGAUCCAAGUUCUCCGGCUGGGACCCCCUCCUCCAGAAACUCAUCUCCCAGAUCCAGUCCGUCCAAAAGUGGAAGCUGAUGUGGCUCGACCCCCUCCCCAACUGGACCAACCCCCAAGGGACCUUCUUCCUGGCGGGCGACUGCUGCCACCCCAUGCUCCCCUACCUAGCCCAAGGCGCCAACUCCUCCCUCGAGGACGGCGCCGUCUUCGGGCACCUCCUCUCCAAGGUCCGAAAAUCAACAUCUUCCUCCCAGCUCCCCAAGAUGGGCAGGCUCUACGAACACCUCCGCAUGGAACGCGGCCGGCGCAUCCAGCUCGAAACCUUCAACCAAAGAAACGACUCGCACCUCCCCGACGGCCCGGCCCAGCAAGCCAGAGACGAGCUCAUGACCAGCCAGCUAAACGACGACGAUGUCCGCCCAGGUUUCCCAUCCAGAUGGACAGACCCCGAGAUUCAGGCCUUCUUGUAUGGGUAUGAUGCUUACGAAGAGGCGGAAAGGGCCUACCAGGAGAGCCCUUAUUGA